UCCUUCAACGGGAUGGGGUGAUGUUGGGAGAUUUAGCUAUUGGUGCUGCUGGGGUGUAAAGAGUUAAGUUGUUCUGUUGUCACCUGAGCAGGGCAUCAAAUUACCCAGGUCCAGGUUCCUCUUGGAAGGGGUGGAGCCAGGCCCCGCCCUUGGGUGUUUUUGCAGCCAUAGGCCUGGAUGAGUCCUGCUGAGGUCUGGGGGACAGCCUUGGUUAGGGAAAAGGCUCUUACUGGGUGUCCUCAUCUGAUUCUCUGUCCUCGGGCUCUCAGCUAUGGCCCUGUCCCCACCUCUGGGCCCUAGACUCCUCUCAGAGCCCCUCAACCACCCCCCUGGAGCCCCUAGGGAGCCGGAAGCUGCUGGAUGCACUACCUGCCCUCCAUCCGGAGGGGAGAGAAUCAGGCCAGAGCAGGCCCAGAACCUGGCACAGGACUCCCUGGACCCUCCCGAGCACUUCCAGGGAAGGCUAAGGGGCACUGAGCCCACUGCUGGCCCCCCAAGAUUGUUAAUGCCCUCUUCCCAUGAGGACUCAGCUGGAAGUAAACAUUGUGAGCAGCCCAUCUCUGGCCUGGAGGUACUAGAGGCUGAGCAAGACACCCUGCACCUUUGCCUACUGGGGAUGGAGCGAGGCCGGGGGCCCUGGGCAUUUGCCCAGACAGGAAUGGUCCAGCUGCAGGCCCUGCAGGCAGACCUUCGAGGAGCAGCAGAGCGUGUGGAUGCACUGCUGGCGUUCGGUGAGGGGCUGGCACAGCGGAGUGAGCCUCGGGCCUGGGCAUCCCUGGAGCAGAUCCUGAGGGCCCUUGGAGCCCACCGAGACACCAUCUUUCGACGGCUCUGGCAGCUGCAGGCCCAGCUAGUUGGCUAUAGCCUGGUGUUCAAGGAUGCUGGCACUGUGGACCAGGACUUGGAGAUUGAGGGGGACGCAGAUGGGCCAGGACCUGGUGGAGUCUGGGGGCCCUGGGCACCCAGUAGCCUCCCCACUUCUGCAGAGUUGGAAUGGGACCCAGCAGGGGAUGUUGGGGGCCUUGGACCCUUGGGGCAAAAGACAGCCUGGACACCAGCAGCUCCCUGUGAGCUGUGUGGCCACAGGGCCCCACAGGGCAGAGGACAAGGCCUUGAGGAUAUGCUCAUGUCUGGUCUCAGCCACCGGAAACACUUAGCAGGUUACCGAAGAUGUGCCCUAUUCCAGAAGCCUCAGGACAAGAAGAGGCAAGUGUCUCCCAGUCUCCGGGAUGUGACAUUGGAGGUAGAUACUGGGGCCCCCGAUCCUACAUCCAGGUGGCCCCUGGCCUUUCUCCUUAUCCUCCUCCUCCUUCUCCUGGUUGGGGCUGCAUUGCUCCUGCCCAUUGCAGGGGUCCUCUGCUGCUCUCAUGUCCGACUGGCCAGGACACCUUACCUGGUGCUCAGUUACGUCAAUGGUCUCCCCCCAAUCUGAG